AUGUCGGCCCCCAAGAGCAUCGGAAUAAUCAUCGGGUCAACCCGUGCUGCCCGCAUCGGCCCACAUGUCGCCGGGAUCGUCAAGUCCAUCGUCGAGGGCGGCGCUGCCAGCUCUUCACCAGCACCCACUUUCACCCUUAUCGACCUAAAAGACUUCAACCUCCCAGUUUUCGAUGAGGCACUUCUACCCGCCAUGGUUCCCGCCUAUGGCGAAUUCAAGCACCAGCACAGCAAAGACUGGACAAAUGAGAUCCAAAAGUACGAUGGGUACAUAUUGGUCUCCCCUGAGUACAACUAUGGAAUCCCUGGUGGCGUCAAGAACGCCAUCGACUUCCUGUAUCACGCCUGGAUUGGCAAGCCGGUUCUCGUCGUAACCUACGGAAUCUUCGGUGGCUCUGCGUCAUCCGACGCGCUCGUCAAGACGCUCGAAGGAAUGAAGCUCCAAGUCGCCGAGACAAAGCCACAGUUGAGUUUCCCAGAGAGGGACGAGAACAACCGCAACAUGUCGCCAGGUCUCAUGAGUGCGAUGACUGGGGAGCUACACGAGACAGCAAAGGAGGCGUGGAGCAACGGCGAAAGCAAGGACCUGAUCUUGAAGGGUUAUGGGGAGCUGGUGACGAAGCUCGAGGCCAAGAAGGAUACCGAAGAGAAAUAG